AUGGAAGAUGAUGCUGAUCGAAUAUCACAGUUGCCGGAACACAUCAUGGAGAAAAUCCUCUUUCUCUUGCCAGCCAUGGAUGCCAUCAGUAUGAGCUUCACCUCCAAUACAUGGAAAACUCUAUGGAACUCCCUGCCCCUCUCCCAUUUUGAUUUCAAAAUUACUGAUCGCUAUAACAAAGGUUCAACAGCACAGAAACAUAUAGCCAGAAUCAAUGAAUCCUUGAAGAUACUGAAAGAAGAUGAAGACCAUCAUCGGAAAAGGAUCAUCGACUCGUUUAGGUUGAGAGGAAUCCUGUUCAGGAAUUCUUACGAAACUAGUCUUAUUUUAGAGUCAUGGAUGAAGCUUGUGACCAAUAACUACAUCAAAGAGCUUGAGCUCCACUUCAAGUCCGUAUAUGGAACAUUACAAAAACUCGAUCGCUUGUGUUUUCCUUAUUCCCUUGGUGUUGAUGCUACUUCGUUAGUUGUAUUGAGGUUAAGUUAUGUUAUCAUGGAGCCCUACCCAGAUUAUUUGGAGAGUUCAAUAAUACCUCCAAGGGACAAGAAAUUUCCUUUCUUAAGAGAGAUCAGUUUGUUUGUUGUUAAGUUUAAUAGCUCCGUCGUUGAUCACCUCCUUUCUAAAUGCCCUUCACUUCAGAGUUUGAAAGUCCAUUAUUGUUCAAACCUCAAAUCUUUUCAAAUUUGUGGAGCCAUGUUCCCUAAGCUCAACACUGUUUCCCUUGUACUAAUUGAAACUCUUGAUUACAAGAUUGAGCUUCCUAAUCUUCAAACUCUUUGCAUUGAAUUUGUUUCCUCUGGUUACACUGACCUGUCCAAGGUCUGCUGCAGUAACGUGAAGACGUUGAGGGUUUGUGCUCCUCCAAAUAAUCUCAUCAAUACCAACCAAUAUCUCGAGAAACUUACAUCCGAUUUUCCCCUCCUUGAGGAUCUGACCUUGUCUGCUGCUUUCGAUUCAGCCAAGACGAAAAUCUCUAGUCACCAACUCAAGAAAUUGACAAUAAUAGCUCUACAAAGAGUGAAAACGGAACAUAGUUACAUACCAGAGCUCAACCUAGAUACUCCGAGUCUUCUCUGUUUCUUCUGCAACAACCGUGGAGCUCACAUAGUAAUGAAAUCUACCAGGUCAGAAGUAGUUGAUCUUGAGCGUAUUGGAGGUAAUGCGCAUCUUGCCACACCAUGGUUUCUUGAAUUGCAACAAUAUCUCCCAAUGCUUGAGCCACACGCGUUGAACGUAACAAUUAUGCCUCUCAACGAUGUCGCAUUUUCUGUUGAAGAACUAGGAGAGGAUAAAUUUUUCCCGUUGCCCGAGUACUUCAGUUCAUUUAGAUUCAAUCUGUAUGGAAGACAAUCCUCUCUGCAGUUGGCAGCAUAA